AUGGGAUCUUGACCCAUUUUUUCCUCCUUCUCUCUCCUCCUCAGGAUGAAAUAUGAAACCUGGACCAUUUCAGUCAAGUCUGUCCCCUGGGCUCCCAGUUCCUCCAGCGCCAACUACUGCUCUGCAUAACCCACUUUCAUUUGGCUUUUUCAGACUUAAACCAGUUUUGACACUUUGAAAGGAAACUUUUAGCCAUUUUUUUAACGAACCACCCAUUCCAUCAUUCUAUCCUUUUUUCCUCCCUCUGACCCGGCUUUGGAUUUGUUUUUCAGCACUCUUUUUGCCUGCCAAUUGUAUGUGGAUUCUGAACCAUCCGAAACUUUUUUUUUUAAUCAUUCCCUUUGAGAGAAAGCAUCCCUUGCACUGGCACUCAGACCGGGAUGCGGGUGGUCGUGAUUGUAAACUGAACGGAAAAACAAAAGAGACGUGGGAGCAUCGCCUUGCAUCCUCUCUUUUGUCUUUGUUGCAUCUCUGCCUCUCUUUAUUUUCACAACUGUCUCUGGGAUGUAAGAACUUACUUAAGUCGCUGUUUUUUUUUUACUCUUUUUAUUCACAAAGGAAUUAACAUUUAUUUUUUUCAAGAGGAGACAUUAUGGCGAGAUUUUUCUUAAACAUGCGUCUUGUUCUGGUUUUGUUUGGAUUAUUUUUGCUCUCUUCUCCAUCCGCAAGAGCCGAGCCGGAGCUGCCGGACGAAGAGGAGGAGGAGAGUUCCUGUCAGGGCGCUUUUGACCUGUAUUUUGUGCUUGAUAAGUCUGGCAGUGUGAAGAAUCACUGGGAGGAAAUCUACUACUUUGUGGAGAAUUUAGCUGAGAAAUUCAAAAGUCCAAUGCUGAGGAUGUCCUUCAUAACGUUCUCCUCCAGAGCGUCCACCAUCAUGAAACUGACGGAAAACAGAGUGGACAUCAGAAAGGGGCUGAAUGCUCUGAAAAGGGAGAUUCCAGGUGGAGACACAUUCAUGCACCUUGGAUUACAGAAGGCGAACGAGCAGAUAUACCGCGAGAACUUUGGCACGGCCAGCGUGAUAAUUGCACUGACAGAUGGAGAGCUGCAGGAGCAUCAGCUCAUCACUGCACAGCAAGAGGCAGAGAGAGCCAGGUCUCUUGGAGCUAUUGUGUACUGUGUUGGUGUCAAAGACUUCAACGAAACACAGCUGGCCACCAUUGCAGACACCAUCGAGCACGUGUUUCCUGUCCUGGGUGGCUUCCAUGCCCUCCGGGGAGUCAUUGAUUCGAUCAUCAAGAAAUCCUGCAUUGAGAUUUUAGCUGCUGAGCCCUCCAGUGUGUGUGCAGGAGAGUCUUUCCAAGUGGUGGUGAGAGGAAACGGUUUUCUCCACGCUAGAAACAUCGACCAGGUGCUCUGCAGCUUCAAGAUCAACGAUACCGUCACAGUCAAUGAAAAGCCGGCUGGAGUAGAAAACACAUUCUUACUGUGUCCAGCUCCUGUCAUCGACCAAGUUGGGAAGGUGAUUUAUCUCCAAGUGAGCAUGAAUGACGGCCUGUCCUUCAUCAGCAGCAACGUGCACAUCACCACCACAGAGUGUUUCGACGGCACCAUUCUCCUCAUCACCCUGCUGGUGUUGUUCCUUCUGCUGGCUCUGCUCUUCAUGUGGUGGUUCUGGCCUCUCUGCUGCACUGUGGUGAUCAAAGAACCACCUCCUCCACCUCCCCCUGAGCCCGAGUCUGAUGAUGAAGAUGGCCUGCCUAAGAAGAAGUGGCCCACUGUGGAUGCUUCAUACUAUGGGGGGAGAGGAAUUGGAGGGAUCAAGAGGAUGGAGGUGCGCUGGGGAGGGAAGGGCUCGACUGAGGAGGGGGCCAAGCUGGAGAAGCCGAAGAACGCUGUGGUGAAAAUGCCGGAGCAGGAGUACGAACCCUUCGAGCCCAAACCUAAGAAACCUCAGAACAAGAAGCCGCCUCAGAGCCGGAAGUGGUACACACCCAUCCGGGGUAAACUGGAUGCUAUCUGGGCUCUGUUCCGCCGCGGGUACGACCAGGUCUCUCUGAUGAGACCCCAGCCCGGGGAUCAUGGUCGUUGUAUCAACUUCACAAGGGUGAAGGAUGAGUCAGCAGCAGCAGCCAAGGCCCCGCCUCGCACCCCGAUCCACACGCCCUCGCCUCCACCGCCGGACAACCGCCCCGUGACCAGGACCACCUCCUCGUCUCCCACCUCCACCAGCCCUCCUGCCAGAUCACCCCCGUCAGGCCCCGUACUCCCAGGUCCGCCGCCAUCCCGCACACCCCCAGGGCUUCCCUGUCCACCGCCGUCGCGUCCCCCGCCCAGCCUCCGACCCUAAAUCACACAGACAAACCCCUCUCUCCCGCCCCCAAACACCCACCCACCCGCAAAAAAACGCACCCGCUUUGAUACACAGACUUACCGCUCAGUUCGAAGGCUGUGGUCCUCGCUGCCAAAGAUACUCCUGCUAUAAGCCAAAGAUUUUGAAUCCCAGUCAUUCUGUGUUCCUCCUCUUGUAGGGCAAAGUGUAAAGUUAAACUGUAAACUGACAAUUAAGUCAUACAUGUAAGUUUUUGUACAUGCUAUUACUUAGCGUGGAGAUGUUUGAAUGGCAGAGCAACCUGUUAUGAAAGCUGAAAUUUUUCUAACUUCAAUGCCCAUUGUGUCAUUUUUUAAAAAUGUGCCAAAGUGAAGCGUGAACUUCAAAUCAUCGGAAAAGGUCAUUUUCUACAGGGUAUUAGAAUUUGCUAAAGUGCAAUGAAAACAAAACAAUGAUUUUGAAAAGCAGUUUGACUUAACGUUUUGUCCCAUACAGAGUGAGUGGGGUGAUUCGGGGAAAUAUUUUUUGUUGCGUUGGCGUUUGUGAGAUCAGGGAGGAUUGUUGCUGGACAGCAAAGCAUGUUGGGACAGGAAGUCCACAGAAGAAUACUGCAAUGGAUGAAAUUUCUUUGUUGUUUUUAUCAACUACUGAGUUAUGCCAUUGUUAUUGAGAAUUAAGGUGAAAAGUAGGUCGCACGUGGAAACCUGAGUAACCAGGUUAAACUUAGAGCAGAAUGGAUUGGCUUAUUUCUCCAUUGCUGUGAGGUUUUGGGAAUUGGAUUUCAGAGCAAUUUUAAUCAGUCAUGUUGUUGUAACUGAGAAAAAAAAAACACGAUUUGCUAAAAAUAAAAUUUUUCGACGAUUGUGAAUUUUUUUCUUCACCUUUUUGUGACUUUUCCUUUAUCCAACAACAUGCUAAUCCAACAAAUUCCAACCCUUUAAUACAGAAAUGAUACAGUUACAUGAUUUUGUGGUCCAGUCUUUGUACCAUUCAGUGACAGGGAAGUGUACAGAUGUUAAAAGGAAGGUAUGUUUUUACAAUAUAUGUUUGAGAUAUGUUUUUUGAAUGCCAUGUUGGUUGGUGUCUUUGAGGCUUUGGAUUUUGUCCUUAACCACCUUUUCAUGUAGUUGAAUUUAGAUUACAGCAAUAUAUAUUUUUUGUUUUUUGUUUUUUUUUUUGGUAUCUGCGCACAUAGACUGCUGGGCAACUACAGUAUGUAUUUGUUUUUGUUAGCAUUGGGACAUUGAAACUUAUGAAAUCAAGUAAACAGAAAUCAGGUUAACGUCUCUCCUCACAUUUUGUAUACACAUUCCUGAUACUGUACUUUGAUAACCAUUAUGUGUGUUUUAUGUCGUCAGUUUUAUCAUCACCGGUCACAUUGCAGGUCACAUUGCAACUGCAGGGCAGUUCAAAGAGCAUCUAAUUUAUUUUACUCCCCGAGAGAAAUAAGAGGAGAGUACUUGAAUAUCGACAAGGUGUCCAACCACCAAGACGGACACUGUGCGCAGAAUUUAGAAACACAACAGAUAGCCAGUUAAAAGUCAUAUAAGGUUUACCAGCAUUUCUCAACCCCUCAGCUACACUGAAAAAACAACUGAGAGUGAUCCCAUUGUAUUUAAUGUUGUUAAAACUGGGGGAAAAAAACAUUGCGUGUCUCUCUUCUAGCUGGAGAAAAGACAGCCGCUAACAAGUACAUGCUAAAAUGGGGAAAAAUGGGGAACAUCACUGCCUCAAAACCAUGAGAUUUUGACUUCAGGGUGUAGAAACGCAGCUGAAAAAUGUUGGUACUCCUUCUAUAUCCAGUGCCUUCUGGAAUUUCCUUCUUUGAUUUUUUUUUUUUAAAAUAUAUUUUCAUUUUAAUGUACGUCAUUCAGUUAUGUCCUGUACCGUUGUGUUACUACAUGCAUUCUUAAUCGGUUGCAGCGUCUUAAAAGCAGCUCCACUGCUGAGCUAAAUGAAAGAUUUGUAUGUAAAUCGCUUCACAAGAUGUGUAUAAUCCACGUCCACGUUUUCUCUGAAAAUGCCCUUUAAUCUCACUCUUGGACAUUUCAGUUAGCCUCUGCUGGAGUUGAACCUCUUUGAAAUAUUUCAGAAGAAUGUACAACAUGCAACAAUUGUCAAAAUGUGAUUGUGCUAUUAUAACUGUAAACCAUUUUCCACAUCCUAAACCCAAAGAGAGGAAACACAGUUAUAUUGUUGUGAUUUAUUAAUGACUAAAUGAGAAAGUCAAAGUGGAUGUAUUUCAUUUGUGAAAUAAACAUUCAUCUUGAAAGUUUGGCUAGAGAUGCAGUAAAGUGUUACCUUGGUCUCAGCAGUGCAUCUUUCCUAAUUUGCUCUAAUAAUAAUAACUUUAUUAACACCCAUGAAAGACUUACAGUAUAGAUGUGAGAUCAGUGCUUGAAAGGGAACCUCUGCAGACGUUAUCCCGAGAUGAGAUGAAAUGCGUUAUGUUAACCAGUGUUUUUUACAUGUAUAAACAGCAGUACUGAAGCAAAUAUGAAAGACGUAUAUGAUUUUCUUUGUUGGUUGACAUGACUUUUUUAAACAGUAUCAAUAAAGGUUGACUUCCAAGCUUC